AUGGCAUCAAGCCCCGAGGAGGUCAUCACAACGUCGGCAGCAACCGAGGAGGAAGCGGUCCCGGAGACGGUCGUGGUCGAGGUCGAGGCUGCAGCCCCAGCGCCAGCCCGGUCCCGGGCGUCCAAGCCGCGGGUGCCCGCCACGGCGCUGCCCGCGCUGUCGCAGUACAACCGCCUGGACGAGACGGACCUGGUGGAGGCCAAGAAGCUGGGCCUGCUGCGCGAGCACCUGCCCGUGAGUCUGGACUCGGGCGCGCCCGAGUUCGGCAUCGCGUACGAGAAGAAGGGCGGCACCAAGGAGGCGGGAUGCGGCGCCGACGUGUUCGGCAGCCAGAAGUCGCUGCAGGAGCGCUGCAAGCAGUUCGCCAUGCAGCGCGGCUUCCAGCUCUUCGUGUCGGGCUCGAGCACGCGCGCCAACGGCGGCGGCAACGUCAAGUACCGCUGCAAGAAGCUGCACGGCCAGCAGUUCUUCGACCCGGAGACGCCCACCGCCAAGCUGCAGUGUCCGUUCUACAUCAACGGCUACGGCAAGGACACCAACUGGAAGAUCACGCGCGCGUGCUUCCUGCACAACCACUACAAGUUCAUCGGCUGGCGCGCGGCACCCCCG